AUGGUAGUUGAAGGUUGGAAUCUGUACGUCGUCAGUUCUGCACCUUGCUUUGUCUUCACCAUAUUCUUUAUAGUUCUUUGUGCAGAUAAGAAAAAAGAUCGACCACCUGGUUCUCAAGGUGGCAAUUCACCGCCGCCUGCGGUGAAAGCUCCGACUACGGGAGGAAUGGCAGGAACAUAUGAUCCAAAUUAUCAGACUUUGGCUGGGGUGAAAGGCGAUGUCUUUGCUGACAAAAGGAAUCCUCCACCUCCACAUGCACCGAUUGCACCGGCAGUAAGGGGAAUGGCAGGUAUAGUUUAUCAUAAAAGAAAUUUUCAGCAACUGAUGCUAACUAACGGUGAAAAUCGACAACUUCCAAUUAUUAUCGCAGUAAUGGCAACAGUACAGCUGCGUGAUUUCAUCCUCAUGAAAUUAUAA